UUAAAAGUGGGAUAUUUGAAAUCAAACAGGCCAGAGUCGCAGCGGUUGAGGAGAACGGCGUCGUCCUCUCUCGGAAUAAAAGUAUAUGUUUUAAUGAUUUUUCAAAUUAAACACCCCACACGGCUGGUUUAGCGAAUGGUAACGGGUUAUUAACACGGCGAGGGGGAAUCAUCGCGUUUCUGUCGGAUUUGUCGUGUGGGAUCGUCUGAAGGAGAACAUGGAAACCGCCGCAAGAACCAAAUCCAGCAAAGACCUGAAGAUUAAUCGACCUGACAACGAGAAGGUUUCUGCCGGUGGACCCAUGAGAGUUCCAGUGACCCAGAGCGGUCAGAAGCCCGUGUCGACGCGUGUUCUCGGCACGGCUCCGGGGCCGCAGCGCGUUCAGCGUCCUGUGAAUCAGCAGAAACCCAUCGGACUCCCAGUUUCUGUGAAAACCGUGUGUCCAGGAGAUCAGAACAUCAGUCCAGAUAAUCUCAAAACAGCAACACACACCAAACCACAGCCAAAGAUUCUUCCUGCAGCUGAGCCUACUAAAAGUUCUGUGCCCAGAAAACAGGACAAACCUCAGCAAACUCCUUCCACUGGAACAUCCAAUAUGGCCAAGAAAGCAUGGAGUUUAGAGAAUUUCGACAUUGGCCGUGCUCUGGGUAAAGGCAAGUUUGGGAGUGUGUAUCUGGCCAGGGAACGUCAGACCAAGUUCAUCCUCAAACACCUCUUCAAGAAGCAGCUGGAGAAAGCCGGAGUGGAGCACCAGAAACCAGUGCGGGGAGGGGAGGUGGAGAUCCAGUCACAUCUCAGACAUCCUAAUAUCCUGCGUCUGUACGGUUAUUUCCAUGACACGGCGCGUGUUUAUCUGAUCCUGGAGUUCGCUCCUAAAGGAGAGCUGUAUGGAGAGCUCCAGCGCUGCGGGACCUUCGAUGACCAGCGAAGUGCCACGUAUAUAAUGGAGCUCGCAGACGCCCUGAGCUACUGUCACUCCAAGGACGUGAUUCACAGAGACAUCAAACCUGAAAGAAUCUAAUCCAAUGGAGAGCUGAAGAUCGCAUACUUCUAAUUUCACGCCCUCCCACACGCCCAUCCUCCGUCUGUCAGGAGGUCGACGCUGUGUGGUACGCUGGACUAUCUUCCUCCAGAGAUGAUUGAGGGCAAAACGCACGACGAGAAGGUGGAUCUGUGGAGUCUCGGAGUGCUCUGCUAUGAGUUUCUGGUUGGCCGUCCACCUUUUGAAACUAAGAGCCAUGAGGAGACAUACCGCAAGAUUUCUAGAGUUGAGUUUACGUACCCUGCUCACGUGAGCGAGGGCAGCAGAGACCUGAUCAACCGUUUGCUCAAACACAACCCCAUGCACCGUCUCCCCAUCCAGGGUGUCAUGGUGCACCCGUGGGUGCUGGAGAACUCCUCUAAGAAACCAACCACGCAGACCACAGCCAACAGCUAGGACCGAGUCCAGUCUUAGACCUCAGCUUGUGGAACAAAACACUGAUGUGUCAGUAACUCAUCUUACUGAGCUUUUCUGCCACUCUCGGCACGACUUCUUGAUUUGUAUGUUGUUUUUACAUGUUGUGCUGUUCACGCUACAAUUUAUGUGCAUUUGUAAAAUAUGUAAUUAAGCCACAUUGUAAAGUUUUAAUCAUUACUUGAAACAAUAAAUGUUCUUUUAUUAUUA